UGAGAAACAGAGGGAAGCAGAAGUUUGGUGACCAAUUUUUAUUUGCCUGCCUUUUACGUCGUAACUUAAACCAACCUCUCUGCCCUCCGGUUAUGUCCUGAGUCUCCGCCCCUCCAUUCUCAAAUUUCAAUUCAACCUUAAAAAGACUUUCCUUCUGUCAAAUCUAACUCCCAAAUACUUCUUCCUUCUAAGCAGCAUUUUGCAGGACUUCUCCAAAUAUAAAGAUUGUGGAUUUUUUUUUUCUUUUUUGGUUUUUUCUCGUUUACAACCCCCCGUCCUCCCCUCCCUCUUCUCCUCCAUCCGCACUCGACCUUUGGCAUUAACCAGUUUUAAAAUCCUUCUACUACCGAUCACCAACAAUUUCUAUAUCCCCCAUAUUCCCACCCAAGCAAGCAAAAGAAAUUUUUAAAAAAAGGACGGAUACCAGUCCUUCUCCAUGGAUACUCUCUGUUUGAAGGGGGGAAUUCAUAGUUUGCCGCCUCCCAUCGCCGUCGCCGGUGCCGGAAGUUUGGAAGUCCGUUCAGCCCAUCAUCCUUCGCAUAUUUGCGCCAACGCGGUUGGUCGAUCGUCCGCCGCUAUUUCCGUCGACAAGCCUUCCGCGUCUUCUUCUCACAGGGACUGGGGCUUUUCCUUUAGAUACCCAUUUAGAUCUCUCUGGCCCAAGGGAGGUAAGAGCACUUAUGACGCCGCCAUAUCCGUGAAAGACGCCGUCCCAGUUUUGGCGGAGGAAAAGGACGAUAAUAAUGAGGAAAAAUAUGAGCUGGAUCAUGAUGGGCGAAAUGGGAAUUGGGUUUUCAAGAUUUUGCACGUUAGGUCCCUGUGGAAGCAAGAACAGCAAGAAGAAGAAGAAGAAGAUUUAGAGGUGAGGACACCGGUGGAAGAAGAAAAAUUAGAAAACAAUGGGCUUUCUGACGAGAAUGAACGGAGACCAAGAUGUUGUGAUGUUGAUGAGGAGUGUGAUGUUUGUACAGUUUGUGAUGAUGAUGAUGGCGAUGACCAAAAAUUCGAUUUAGAUAGAGAUUCGUUUACAAAGUUGCUGCGGAGGGUUUCCUUGGCGGAAGCUAGAUUGUAUGCUCACAUGUCGUAUUUGGGAAACUUGGCUUAUUGCAUUCCCCAAAUCAAGCCAGGAAAUCUCCUGAGAAAUCGUGGACUGCGGUUUGUGACUUCAUCUCUAGAAAAGAAAGAACAGGCAUUGCAGGCUGAUAAAGAGAAGGCAGCAUCUGAAGACCUUCAUGAAAACCACAAUGAAGCAGCUAAAGGCCAGCAAAGGAACGAUGGGUCAUCAGCCGAAGGUCAAGAAGUCAAAGAUAACAAGGAAAAGCAAGUACAACUUGAGGAGGAGAAGAUUGAUGGGAACCGGAUAAGUGCAGCUGCUGCUUAUCAAAUUGCUGCCUCCGCUGCUUCUUAUUUGCAUUCUCAUACAAAGAGCAUACUGCCAUUUAUAUCCAAAUCAAGGAUGAAUGAAAAUGUAACUGAAAACAACACUGAAAGUACCAAUGUUGUCAAUAUGAUGAAUGAAGAGGUGGCCUCAGUAAUGGCAACCACUGAUUCAGUGACAGCUGUAGUUGCUGCCAAGGAGGAAGUAAAACAAGCUGUAGCAGACGAUUUGAACUCAACUCAUUCCUCACCCUGUGAGUGGUUCAUCUGUGAUGAUGAUCAGAGUGCCACGAGAUUCUUCGUAAUUCAGGGAUCUGAGUCACUGGCAUCAUGGCAGGCCAAUCUACUCUUUGAACCCGUUCAAUUCGAGGGUCUUGAUGUACUUGUGCAUCGUGGUAUAUAUGAGGCUGCCAAGGGGAUCUAUGAACAAAUACUGCCUGAAGUUCGUUCACAUUUGAAAUCAUGCAAGCGAGCUACUUUUCGUUUCACUGGGCACUCUCUUGGAGGAAGCUUAUCGUUGCUUAUUAAUCUCAUGUUACUGAUAAGGGGAGAAGUUCCCGCUUCUUCAUUACUCCCAGUUAUAACUUUUGGAGCACCAACAGUAAUGUGUGGAGGAGAUAGGCUCCUACACAAGCUUGGAUUGCCUCGAAGUCAUGUCAAGGCAAUCACCAUGCACCGCGACAUUGUACCCCGAGCAUUCUCUUGUGGCUAUCCCAAUCACGUUGCAGAGUUUCUCAAGGCCGUGAAUGGAAAUUUUCGCACUCUACCAUGCCUUACAAACCAGAAGUUGCUAUAUGCUCCAAUGGGGGAGCUUCUCAUUCUUCAGCCAGAUGAGAAAUUUUCACCAAGCCAUCAUCUUCUUCCUUCGGGGAGUGGCCUGUAUCUAUUGAGCUGCCAAGCAACUGAUGGCAGUGAGGCAGAAAGGCAGAUGAAGGCUGCACAGGCCGUUUUCUUAAACUCACCACACCCACUCGAGAUUUUGAGCGACCGGGCUGCAUAUGGUUCUGGAGGGACAAUCCAAAGGGAUCAUGACAUGAACUCGUACUUGAGAUCUGUACGCAGGGUGAUUCAGGAAGAGCUCAACCGCACAAGGAAAGCGAGGAAAGAACGCAGGCGCAAAGUUUGGUGGCCACUGGUGGCAUCGCGGGGGGUCAAUCCUGGCAUCAUCAUAGGCAGCCCUGUGGAAUUCAUUACUACGGGGAAAGGACUGUUUAAUUUCGCUGGCAUCAUUCACACGGGGAAGGAAUCUGUGAAAAGGUUCAGUAGGCUGGUUGCAUCGCAGCACAUGCAUUUACUUGUGGUGCUCUUGUUGCCUGCAAGGUUGUUAAUUAUGGGGGCACAUAGCGUUAUCCGUUUCCAUUGAUGACUGGUAGUAGGCCGUUCGUUGGUUCUCGGUGGCAAGUAGCAUUUCAUUCCAUUAGCUUCAGAAGCCCUCUUAAUUUUGUGAACGGGGGGGCAAUAUGAUCGUCCAAGUAUCCAAUUGAAAGAAAGCAGUUGAUUUUUUUCUUCGUAUUCAAUUCUUGAAAUCAUGCAACUGAUUUCGAAAGCUUGUAACAAAUAACAUGUAUUUAAUUCUUGAAAAGAGAUUUUUACUAA